AUGCUUGCUUACACGACUCUCAUCUUCUUCUUCGCCUUGACAUGGUCGCAAACUGUGCUAGGGGCCGACAAGUCUCAUCGAGAGGCAGGGCUCAAUAAUGACACGGAUAGGACCACACGGUGGAAGGGAGGAUACAGUUUCCAGGGGAUCCAGACCUUUGCUCACUUGCCUCACAGCCUGUGUCUUAUCGAGCAGGAUGCAGAAUUCGAUCUCGCAAUAAUCGGGGUUCCCUUCGAUACAUCGGUCGCCUAUCGUCCAGGUGCACGAUUUGGACCCAAAGCCAUCCGUGGAGCAAGUCAGCGUCAAAUCCCAGCUCGAGGGUUCAACCAUGCCCAAGGUCUGAAUCCAUAUCAAAAUUGGGCGACGAUUAUUGAUUGCGGGGACAUUCCUGUCACACCGUUUGACAACGCCGUGGCAUUCGAGCAGAUGACGGAAGCAUAUCGAGACCUCCUCCGGCGACCAGCCAAGACGCAACCAAAGACGGCCACUCCCAAGAAUCUGGGCAAGGAUGGAAUCUACCAUCCACGACUGGUGACGCUGGGUGGGGACCAUUCCGUGGCGCUACCUGCUCUGAGGGCUCUUCACGAGAUCUACGGUCCGAUCAGCGUUCUGCACUUUGACUCUCACCUCGACACUUGGAAUCCAUCUUCGUUGGCAGGAGCGUGGGCUUCAGAACAGUCGAAUUACAAUCAUGGGUCCAUGUUCUGGAUUGCUCAUAAUGAGGGUCUCAUUGCCAACGAGGGCAACAUCCAUGCCGGGUUACGAACACGCAUUUUCGGCAACGACUACGGCGACUAUGCUGAAGACGCCAAGCAGAAUUUCCAGUAUAUCGAGACCGAAGACCUCGACAUUGUCGGCAUUGACGGCGUGGUGAACCGCAUCAGAGAGGUAGUAGGCGAUAGACUGGUCUACGUCAGCAUUGAUAUUGAUGUGCUUGAACCAGGCCUCGCUCCGGGGACAGGAUGUCCAGAGCCGGGAGGCUGGACCACGAGAGAACUCAAAGCCAUGUUGCGGGGUUUGCAUCAGUUGAACAUCGUCGGUGCAGAUGUUGUCGAGGUGGCACCGCCAUACGAUGACUCUGGGGAGUCUACGGCGUGGGCGGCAGCGGAUCUGGCAUAUGAGCUUCUUGGUUUGAUGGUUGGACACACACCAUAUCCCGUGGAGGGGUAUGUUGCGAGGAAAAAGUUUGCACCCAAAUGGUAUGAAGGAUCCGGUCGCAAGGAUGAGCUUUAAGUGUCAUGCCUUAUAUUUUGGUAUUGGAAUUCGGUGCUACGAUGCGGGAGGCGAGGGUUGACCUGAAUCCCGUCGAGUUCCUUCUCCCUCUCCUGGCUACACAUGGACACGUUUUUGGGGCCUUUCGAGGCUCGCAGGACGCAUCGUCUUGGGCUUCAUAUUACGGAAAAGAGAGUCA